UUUUCUGCAGUGAGCGGAGAGUCCUAUAGAGGAACGCUUGGAGGAUUAAUGUCGAUUGCCAGGUCAGAAGGAAUUGCAGGUUUAUAUCGAGGAUUGGGGAGCACCCUGCUAAGAGAUGCACCGUACUCAGGAAUCUACCUCGUACUCUAUUCCCGCAUGCGCUCCCUCAUUCAUGAUCGCAUCUCAACCGAUGAUGGCCAUGCAGCGCGCACAGUGUCCACCAUGGCAGCAGGAGCAGCAGCGGGGGCUCUUGCAACCAUUCUGACCCACCCACCUGAUGUGGUGCGAACCCAUCUGCAGCUGGCCUCUCUGCGUGCGACACCUGGCAAGCCGCUGACCAUGCUCGGUGCCACGUCAGCCAUCUACAAGUCGCAAGGUCUUCCUGGUUUCUUCCGAGGGGUGGUGCCGCGUGUGCUGAAGCGAUCAAUGCAGCAGGCACUCACUCGCCUUCCCAUCCUUCCCCUCUUACUGCCCCUUUUCCCCCUUCCGUUUUCUCCUUCCCUUCCGUCUCCCCCAGUCGCAGGGUCUUCCUGGUUUCUUCCGAGGGGUGGUGCCGCGUGUGCUGAAGCGAUCAAUGCAGCAAGCACUCACAUGACGCAAGUGACAUCUGCGCCUUCUGGUGCAUCGCUGAGUGCCUCUGCUGCAACGGCUUCAUCAGUACCGAGAAACUCUAAGGGCCAGAUACGACCUUCCAGAAAAGCCCUGCGGAGACUUCUGGAUGCACUGGUGCUGUCCGCUUUGUGCCAUCUCCCAGGAAUACCGAGAACUCACCAGGCGAGGCUGGGACCUAUCUAUUGGAAUACCGAGAGCUCACCAGACGAGGCUGGGACCUCUCUACUGGUGAGUGUCCUGUGA